UUGCACCUUAUUUUAAGCAUGGAGUCAUGGUAGGUGAUGUACUUUGCUCUGAAAGGGGCAGGCAAAGGGAAGGAAAGAAAGAAAGAAAGAGGCUGGCCUAAGUGUAGCAUGACAACCCCCCCGUCCCUCACUCCCGUCCUGUUAAAAUCCUAAAACUUGAGCAUUUAUACAUAAACCUCUAGAGAAUGCUUCAGCCUUGAGACGAGAGUUAUACACACAAGAUCAGGUGACAUGGCAAUGAAAGACGACGCUGCCAGAGCGGGCCUCCCCAAUGGCAUCAGCCAAGCCAAGGACCAGACGCCCUCUUUGGAGGAGAAGAUGGAGGAACGGGGCCAGUGGAGCAACAAGAUAGAGUUUAUUCUGUCAGUCGCCGGCUCCAUCAUCGGCCUGGGCAACAUGUGGCGCUUCCCGUACCUCUGCUACAAAAAUGGAGGAGGUGCGUUCCUCAUCCCCUACAUGAUCUUCCUGUUCACCUGUGGUGUUCCCGUCUUCUUCCUGGAGACAGCCCUGGGCCAGUACACCAGCGAGGGAGGCAUUACCUGCUGGAGAAAAAUCAGUCCCCUGUUUGAAGGUCUUGGCUAUGGCACCCAGGUGAUAGUGACUCUGUUGAACUUCUACUACAUCAUUGUUCUGGCCUGGGGGAUUUUCUACCUGUACUUCUCCUUCUCCUCGGACCUGGCCUGGUCGUCCUGUAACAACACAUGGAACACAGGUAACAAAUGCACUUCAAAAUACACAAGAUGUUCCACCAAUGGUUUUAUAUGUUUAAGAAUUUCUACAUUUUGCUCCUCCUCCCCCCCAGAAAACUGCAUGGAGUUUCAGAGGAGAAACACCUCAAUCAACCAAACGAUGCACCUAAAUGCCACCUCUCCUAUCAUCGAGUUCUGGGAGAGAAGAGCACUAAGGAUUUCCCCAGGCCUUGACCACAUGGGCUCUUUGAACUGGGACCUGGCCCUGUGUCUGUUCAUCGCCUGGGUCAUGUGCUACUUCUGCAUCUGGAAGGGGGUGAAAUCCACAGGAAAGGUGGUCUACUUCACUGCGACCUUCCCCUAUCUGAUGCUAAUUGUGCUGUUGGUCAGAGGGCUCACGCUGCCUGGAGCUGGGAUCGGAAUCCAGUUCUACCUUUAUCCAGACCUGGGACGACUGGCAGACCCACAGGUGUGGAUGGAUGCUGGCACCCAGAUCUUCUUCUCCUAUGCCAUCUGUUUAGGGUCGCUGACUGCUCUGGGAAGCUAUAACAAAUACAACAAUAACUGUUACAGAGAUUGCUUGGCAUUGUGCUUUCUGAACAGUGGCACCAGUUUUGUGGCAGGCUUUGCAAUCUUCUCCAUCCUGGGUUUCAUGUCAUUUGAACAGAAUGUUCCCAUCUCAGAGGUGGCAGAAUCUGGUCCUGGCCUGGCCUUCAUAGCUUACCCCCGAGCUGUGAGCAUGAUGCCUUUCUCUCCUCUGUGGGCCGCCCUCUUCUUCAUCAUGAUUGUUUUUCUGGGGCUUGACAGCCAGUUUGUGUGUGUCGAGAGCCUUGUGACUGCGAUAGUCGACAUGUACCCUGCUGUGUUCAGACGCAAAAACCGCAGGGAGCUCUUCCUGUUAGGUGUGGUCUUCUUCUCCUUCUUCAUGGGCCUCAUCAUGCUGAUGGAGGGAGGCAUGUAUGUUUUCCAGCUCUUUGAUUACUACGCAGCCAGUGGCAUGUGUCUUCUCUUCAUGUCCAUCUUUGAGACUGUCUGCAUUGCAUGGGUCUAUGGUGCAGAUCGCUUUUAUGAUAACAUUGAGGACAUGAUCGGCUACCGCCCAGGACCUUACAUCAAGUACUGUUGGUUGUUUUUCACCCCAGCCACAUGCAUUGGUACCUUUGCCUUCUCUCUCAUCAAAUAUACCCCUCUAAAGUACAACAAUGAGUAUGUGUACCCGUGGUGGGGCUAUGUCAUUGGCUGGCUACUAGCUCUUUCCUCCAUGGUCUGUAUUCCACUUUGGAUGGUGUACAAGAUCAGCACCACCCAAGGGACUUUCAGAGAGCGCAUCCAGUUGCUUAUCACACCAUCUGACACCUUACCCAAAACCAAGAGGGAGCAGGAAAGGUUACUGGCCAUCUUUGCUCCUGAGGGAGACAUUACCAUGGCUAGAAAUGGCUACUUACCUGUCUUAGAGACAGACUCCAACUUAUGAGGCCCCAGUGGUGAUGGGAAAGACGUGGGUUUUCUAUCCUUGACUCGCUGCACCAUUGCCUUCAUCCCAAAGAUCACUGCAGGGAAAGAUACAACAAAAUGUCACAAUGUCUACUUAAAUGCAUAACAGAAUAUGGGAGGACUCAGGAGAUAAUAGGACUACAGUAUGUUGGGUUUGGCAGUGCCUGUAAAUUUCAGGGAUGGCAGCAACGUGAUAAAAGAAGGAUAAAGAAAAUAAAAAGUCAUCUAUUGGAUUACUUAGAAGCUUUAGAGGGAACAAAGAUAUUUUUUUUCAGGGAUACAAGUCAUUUACUCUACUUAAUCUGACAUUGUCAUAUGCUGUUCAGCUCUGCAUUUCACAGAUGAUGUAAAUGAAGUGAUUCAAGGUCAGCUGAAAUCUACGAGUCAGCCUUGUUGUUGAAAAUGUUCC